AACACUAUAAGAGCAGAGUGCCAGAGAGACGGCAAGGUAAAGCCAAGAGACUAUCGCCAUGCUUUGGAUUGUCAGCUGUCUUGCUCUAGUGGCCUCUGCACUGGGGUGCGGAGUGCCCUCCAUCCAGCCCCAGGUGAGCGGCUACAACAAGAUUGUGAAUGGAGAGAAUGCAGUAUCCGGGUCCUGGCCGUGGCAGGUGUCCCUUCAGGAAUCCAAUGGCUUCCACUUCUGUGGAGGGUCUUUGCUCAGCCCAUACUGGGUGGUCACAGCUGCUCAUUGCCGUGUCAGUGCUGGCCGUCACCGUGUCAUCUUAGGAGAGCACAAUCGCAAUUCCAACGCUGAGCAGAUUCAGGUCAAAAGCAUUGCCAGGGCUAUCACCCACCCCUACUACAACAGCCAGAACUUCAACAACGACGUCACCCUGCUGAGGCUGUCCUCCCCAGUCCAGAUGACAAACCGUGUGUCCCCUGUGUGCCUGGCCUCCUUCAACUUCAACUCUGGCACCCGCUGUGUCACCACCGGCUGGGGAAAAACAGGCAGUACUUCAAGCCCACCCAUCCUCCAGCAGGUGGCCCUGCCCCUGCUCACCCCUGCUCAGUGCAAGCAGUACUGGGGUCAGAACAGGAUCUCGGAUGCCAUGAUCUGUGCUGGAGCUUCUGGAGUAUCAUCUUGUCAGGGUGAUUCUGGCGGCCCCCUGGUUUGCCAAAAUGGAGGUGCUUGGUACCAAGUGGGAAUUGUGUCCUGGGGUACCAGCAACUGCAAUGUGCGCACCCCUGCUGUGUACGCCCGCGUCUCCUAUCUCCGUGGCUGGAUUGAGCAGACCAUGGCCUCAAACUAGGUUCAGAGCCUGAUACAUGUUUUUAAAAAAUCUGUUGCUGUGGAGGAUGAAUCAGAAAUAAAAGAAAAGUAAUGAAACAAA